GAGAUGCAGAGUAAAUAAAAGGAGAUACCAUCUGUCAUCGUCCACUUGUUUAUCUCCGCGGAAGGAAGCAACCUUUGAACACCGGUGUUGCCUAAGUUAGACCAUUCUUACAUGCCAACCAUCGCUUCCACUUCGUGGUCUUUGUCAUUGCUUGCAUCACGGCUCGCGAAUCACAGUUGCGCUACAACAACCCUUCUUUUCCAAGGCAGGAUAGUUUGCAACAGCGGUUGCCAGCAAUCGGGUUGGCGUGGGAUAGGAACAUUGAGAGCCGUCGGAUUACGUGGCACUUCGAAUCGAGCAGGGCUCGCUGUCUUCUCGUCUCGACAUCAUUCUAUACAGCGUCGAGAACUUACACCUCUCUCUGCAUCUAACAAAACAUCCAGACCUAAGCUAGGUGUAAACAUGUCAACUCGUAGAUCGGCGCGGCUAAUGGCCGCCUCAGAGGCUGAGGUCUCGUCAUCACGUUCAUCGGAAAUGGUACCACCGCCUGUUCCGGCACGAAAGGGCCGCAAGAGGAAGGCAGAAGAAACAGAUCCAGAUUCAGAGUCAAAUGGAGGAACACAGAACCCCCCGGGGGAAAUACUCACAGCAUCUACCAAGCGGCGAGGACAAAGGACCAGCACACCGCCUCCUUCCACUCCAACGCCGAGCAAUGUGAAGAUGAUGGCAGAGCCUGCCGCCCCAGGAGUCCCAAUAUAUGCGACGCCACCCAGCAAGAAGCCGCGAGCAGCAGCCGUGGAUCGGCUUGCAGACCCGAACACGACAUUUGCCACACUACUAUCUCCCGAGACGUCGAGGGUUGUCAUUAGCAAGAGAGCCAGAGCGCGCUCUCCCUCAGCAUCGCCUACGAAACAGGAGAAUGUCAGCAUUCUCAGGGUGCCCGCAACAGCCAAUGUCCUUGAGGAAGGAAACAAAUUUCUCAUUUCAGUAGACCCCCGAAUGCGGCCACUGGUCGAGAACAACCAUUGCCGGAUCUUCUCGCCCGAGGGGCUAGCCGAGCAAAUUGACCCCUUCGAGGCGCUCUGCAGUGGCAUCAUCUCGCAGCAGGUCUCGGGUGCCGCCGCGAAAUCCAUAAAGAACAAGUUUAUUAAUCUGUUCUACGAGAGUGAGGAAGAUAGUCCAGAACCCGAGAAUAAAUCAUCUGGCGCCGAAGAUGAAGACGACGGGCAAGUGAAGAAGCGCCGCUUCCCAGUUCCGUCUCAAGUCGUCGGAAUGUCUAUCGAGAAGCUGCGCACCGCGGGACUCUCCCAGCGCAAGGCCGAGUAUGUGUCCGGCCUAGCUGAGAAGUUCGUUAGCGGUGAGUUGUCAGCGGCAAUUCUCGCCGAUGCGCCGUACGAGGAAGUCAUAGAACGACUGACAGCGGUCCGUGGCCUCGGCCUCUGGUCCGCCGAGAUGUUUGCGUGUUUCGGGCUCAAGCGCGUAGAUGUCUUUUCCUUGGGUGAUUUGGGCGUUCAACGAGGCAUGGCCGCCUUCGUUGGUCGAGAUAUUGCGAAACUCAAAAGCAAGGGUGGGAAAUUCAAGUACAUGAGCGAAGCUGAUAUGAAGGAGCUUUCAGAUAAGUUCAAGCCAUAUAGGACCCUGUUUAUGUGGUAUAUGUGGCGCGUCGAAGAAACUGAUAUAAGCACGAUGGAAUGAAGUCUUAGGCAAAAUGAUGAUGAUUCGUGAAAGAACUUGUAUCAUACCGGCCUCCGGAAGAUUAGAACUACAUCUGGCCAUAUUACAUUUAGUGGUGAUGCCACAAUGAAAUUAGACUAUAUUUGCCGCUUGUUUCCCCAUUUCCCAGGAUAUUCGUACGCCUAGAGCGACUGGACCUGAGAUUUUCCCAAACAGCAUUUUCGAAUCAUUAAGUUACUUGAUUCCGUCUUGGAACUCAGUCAAUCCUUCAUUGUGCAAGAUAAAACUCGCCUCUGUAAAGGCGAGUGCAACGGGCUUCUAUCCCCUAAAUAAGU